AUGGACACAUCAGAGUAUCCACUAUGCACUCCACAUCUCAACCCGCAUGGACUCGAGAUCCGUAUGCACCCCACCAAAGGAAGGGGCGUAUAUGCUUCGAGACCAAUAAGUGUUGGCACCGUGGUCGAAAUCUCGCCAGUCUUGCUAUUCGGCAGGGAAGAGUAUGAAAAUCAUGGAAAACAUACGCUGUUGGAUCACUAUACAUUUGUAUGGGGAAAUGGAGAGAUGGCCCUGCCACUGGGACUCGGGUCAUUGUUUAACCACUCGUCUUCACCAAACGUCAACUAUAUCAAGAAGAAGGAUAUGGGAUACAUUGAAUACACGGCCGCUCGUGACCUUCACGUCGGUGAAGAGCUCUGCAUCUUUUACGGGCCCAACCUAUGGUUCGAGGAUAGUUCAUCCCAGCAAAUCUGUGUUGAGAAAGAUCAUGGCAAGCAAGGCUGGGAGGCGAUUGCCCAGUUGGAUCUAUAA